ACCAUCGCUAUCCCCCCUCCUGCUGACGUGCAAAGAAACGCUGGAUCCAGAUCUCGUCGAAUCAAUGACUCUCUUAAGCCCGCCGUCCUCUCCAAAGACGCAAGCCCGACCGAGUUAAGACAUUGGAUCGAUUCGUUCAAAGCGUACUACUCCUCGAACGAUAUGGACGAUUUCAGUAAAGAAGAAAGGCGCUCCUAUUUCAAAAUAUUAUUAGAUUCAGACCUCAAAACGAGAAUCAUGGCAAAAAUGAAUGAUACUACCGACGUUUUCGGCGAAGACGGUUGCAUCCAGCUCCUCGAAAAUGACUUCCUGGGUCGCUACCCAUUGUUCUCCCGAAGACUUGAUUUCUUUCAAUAUCAACAAAAAAACGGCCAAGCCUUUACGGAUUUCGUGGCGAAAUCAAAGGAACUCUCCAGAUUGGCCGAUCUUGAAAAGCUAUCAGUUGAAGAAAUCUUCGUCUUCUGUCUGCUUCGAGGCACCACCGACUCUGCUCUUCUCGACGACCUCCUGGAACUGCCAGAAAAAACGCUAAAAAACGUGGAAAAUACGGGCAAGAUGUACGAAAGUAAACUGAUAUCUCGAUCAAAGCUCAACGCUAAUCUCAACGAACCCGUAUUGAAAGUAACUUCUCAAUACCAACGCCGCAACCAAGUAAAGCCAAAACCGAGACAAGAUCAAGAUCGUUUCGAAAGAAGAAUGCCAACGUCCCAAAAACAUCCAACCACCAUACGGGAAAUGAAAGAACGCGGCAUUUGCACAAGAUGCGGCAAAGGGAACCACAUCGCAAACGAAUGUUCAUAUGAACGCAACGUCAUUUGCAACCACUGUGGAAUCAAAGGCCACAUCGCGCCCGCUUGCCUAAGCCGUGUCAAAGUAAACGCCGUCCAAGCUGAACGCCCCAAUGAUCGCCCAAGAAAUACCGACCGACCUAGAGACCCCUCCCCUUCCGCCAGCUCCGUCUCCGAUUGA